AUGUGUGCUGAUGAGGCUGCAGUGAUGGGCACUGAUAGGCUGCAGUGAUGGGCACUGAUGAGGAGGCACCGAGAAGACGCAUAAGCAGGGGUGGACUGACAACUCAUGGGCCCCCGGGCAAUAGAGGAUCAUGGGGCCCCUGUGUCCUUGCCCAAACUCAAAAAAGCCUAUGAAAAAGGUACCAGGGGCAUCUCAUGGGGCCCCCUACUGACCCCGGGCCCUCGGGCAGUGCCCUAGUUUCCAAAUGGUCAGUCCGCCCAUGCGCAUAAGCGUGCAAAAACGCAAAUAAG